GUGGCACCACAGAAUGUACUCAUACUCUCUACCGGUGAACAGAUAAAAAUGUUUCACGUUUUGAAGAAAUCAUACAAUACAUUACUUUUCCGCAGCGUUCCUAUACCACUUCGUCGCGACAUUCUUCCCGCGCAAUUGACCUCCACACCCGUCCGCAACCUCACAACAUACGUCCUAAACAAUACCGAAAACACCAAGAGAUCGAGAUGGAGACGAAGAAUAAUCUUGGGGCUCUUAUCUGGUAGUUUAGGUUACUUCUUUGGGAAAAGCUAUAUCUACGAGCAGUGCUUCCCUACUGAACCAGAUUCGGUACAGGAUGUGAAGUAUGUGAAAUUGAUCGGGAAACUGCUCGACAAUCUUCCAGCUACUUGGGAAGCGAGAUCAGAUCCCAGGUUUGUUGAAUGGGAAGCAUAUGACGGCUUUUCGAAUGGAGACAAGGAGCGAAGACUUACUAGUGGUCCGUUGAGAGGGAGUCGAGGUCUUGCAGUUCAGAAAAUCUUUUGGAACGAAGAGCAAAAGAGGUGUGUGAAUGUAGUCCAUUUUGGAAAGAGCCUAGAAGGAUGGCCGAGGAUUGUUCAUGGGGGAAUUUUGGCGACUGUUCUGGAUGAGACUCUCGGUCGAGUUGCGAUACGAUCUGUACCUGCUCACACCGGCGUUACUGCGCAUCUCGACAUCAAAUACAUAAACGCGGUCAAAAGCGAUCGGCCAUACUUGGUUGUUGCGUAUUUGGACAAGGAGCGCUCUACAGAUCGAAAGGCGUAUGUCACGGGAGGAAUAUUUGAUCCGAUAACCAAGAAGGUUUAUUGUAGAUGUGAAGCUUUGUUUGUUGUGCCCAAGGGAUUGUCGCUUCGCAGGAUAGAGGAGCGCUUUUGAACACACGCUAUGGCUAGGCAAUCCUUGAUACGAAGUUAUGUCACUCGGUUUGAGGAUAAGUCUUGUCUAAACUACGGCGGGAGCCGCUUCUUUUAAUACAGCUCUUGCGGCAGGUAUGGGCUGUGAUCUGUGCUCAAGGCUUACAGAUUCCAGGAUUGGUCUCUUUUAUUUCCAGCUUCGCAGAGGUGUUUUCUCUUUUCAGCCUCGUACCUUGUGGUAGAUUCUUGGGCUAGCGUACGAUUACCAUCGUUGCCAUCGGUAACAGGGUAGGCGAGUCGUAGGGACUGGAGCAAGCUGUGUACGGUAACUUCCUUCUAGCUAGUCUUAUUUUAUGCAUCGUUCUC